UUGUUUUAAAACUGAUGUUACAGACCAUGAACUGUAGGCAUUCCCUGUCUACUCUUUUGCUUUAAUGGGGUAAUACUGGUGAACAUCACAGGUGGGAUAUGAUCUGGUAACAAUACUUGUACAAAUUUUAUAUCAAGCAUCUGCUAGUACUUAGGUAUCUCAUUUCAAAAUAUCUAAGACUUUGUGCAGGUCAGGUCCUAGACACAUUUCACACACGUGGAUUAACUGAAGAAAAUCACUGAAUGGCAAAACCUCACAACAUGAGCAAGUAUAAUAAUGUACAAAAUGACAAAAUUUGCUUAUCUUAUUUCUGAGCCUGCUUGCAUGGGAGCCUGCACCUACGUCUCCCAAUUCUUUUGAUUCUGUACCUUCAGAAGUUAUGUGAAGAAGGCCAUGAAUCCAGUGUUUCUUACAGCAAAAUAAACUACACUGAAGAUUAAAUGUUGGAAGCUAUUUUUGGCCAAACUAAUUGGAAUAUUUUCACAUAAGCUGCAAAUGCCUCCUAAGGUAAAAGACAAGAUGAUGAAAGAUCUGGAAAGACAGAAAGACUACCAAAAUACAGCGUUUCAUAACGUAAUUCUAUCCAACGCUCCCCCUAGUGGCUUUGCACACACAUCUGAGCAUGAAGUCCCGCAUGCACAAAUGCCCCAGCCUAAUGACAGAAUGUACCACUAAUAGGAUUAAAUACCUUGUCAUCAGAUAAGUCGAACAUGGCAAAAUCCCCGUCACUCCAAGCAAUUAGAUCAGAGCACAGCCCCAGCCCUUCCCGACGCGCAAGCAGUUUUGAAGAAGAGGUGUUUCAGUAUUAAUGAAAGAACAUGAAGUCCCCUUGGUUAAUUAUAAUAUACUUGCUAUGGCUGAAUGGUCACCAGUGUGCACCGACCAGGCAGGAGGAAAUAAAUCUACGGGAAAACCUGAAGACUUUAUCUGAAGUUGGGGAGAAAUAUGUAGAUGAAGAGGUAAAGAAAGCUUUGAUUGGUAUCAAGCACAUGAAAAUUAUGAUGGAAAGAAAUGAAGAUAAGCACAUAGAUCUGAUGAAAACCUUGAAGAAGAGCAGUGAAGAAAAACAGGAAGCCUUGCGACUUAUGGAUGAAGUAAAGGAAAGAUUAGAAGAAGAAGAAAGACAAUGCCAAGUAUCUUUGAAAAAUCUAUGGGAUGAAUGUGAAUCUUGUUUAGAAAGUACCUGCAUGCGAUUCUAUACAACUUGCAGACGUGGUUUAUCAACAUUUAGAAGCAAGGUUGAAGAUUUUUUGAGGAAGAUACCUCCACUUAUUUUCCCUUUUCAUGAAGAUCGAGGAAAAGAUAUCCAGUUUAAAGAAAAGCCUGAGAAAGAGGAUACUCAGCUAGUAAAAAUGGAAGAUCUAUUUAGCCAGCUGUUAUCAGACAUGGGCUCGGUGUUUGACAAAAGUUUCAUGUUUUUCAAGAAGAUGCAAAAAGAAUUUGACCAAUCCUUUCAAACAUAUUUCAUGUCUGAUCUGGAUUUGAGUGAAUCUCCCAGCCUGCCUGCUUUACCCGAGGCCACUACCAGAAAUGAUGGCUUACAGAAAGACUGGGGUAUACCAGCCUUCCUGCAGACAGUCUUUGAUUUCAGCAAGACAGUGUUUGAAGGUGUCAGUGAGGUGAUCACUGAGGUAUUCAAUGAAUACAAAGAUAACAGAAGAGAUUUGCCAGAACAAGCCAAAGGUUCUGACAGGGGUGGCAUGUUCUCAAAAAUCGUGUCAGGAUGUCAAAGGACUCUGUGCAAAGAGCUUCGAGAGAAUUCCUCUGGAUGCACACAGUUUCAGGAGAGAUGUCAGAAAUGUCAAGACAAUCUUUUGCACGAUUGCCCAAAUGUUCCUGAACUGCAUAUGAAGUUUGACGAAGCCUUUAAGCUGGUUAAUCUCUCUGGUGAGCAGUAUGAGCAGAUUCUCCAGAUGGUUCAGCGUCAUACAGAAGACACUUCCUACUUGCUGAACAAAAUGAAAGAAAGAUUUGGAUGGGUGUCCGAGUUAUCCAAUAUGACCAUCGGACCAGAAAAUAUUUUCAAUAUAAUCAAGGUGGUACCUGGGGAUGUUUCUGGUACAAAUGAAACUGUGGUAGACAUGAAUAUAUUGACUUCGCCUACUUUCACCAUUAAAGUUCCUCCCCACUUAGACCCAAAGAGUGCUGAAUUCAUCGAGUACAUAGCUGGAAAAGCACUGCAACUAUAUAAGCAGAAUUUUUAAGUGGAAUGAAGAUGUGGGAAAACUCAGUCCCAGAAACCCGUGUACUCUCCUUAGGUGAAAUACUCCUAAGCACAAUGUUCAGCUAUUUGUUAAAUGACUAUGGUUAAAAUAGUUGCAUAUAAAUAAAAUUCUGCUUAAUAAAUACUGUGACAU